UGGUGACGUCAUUUCGACCGCGUUGGAGCUAAAGUGUGACGUGGUCCAGAAAAAGUAGCACUCAAGCUGUUGGUCAAAACUCACUUUCAGCUGGACAGAAAGAAGAAAGAGUGAAAGAAAUCCAAAGAAAGAGUGAUUCUGACUCCGCUGCCGUGAGCUGGAGUUUGAUAUUUAAGGGAGGUUGGUCUGAAGCGCCGAGAGCUGCUGUGCUAAAGCGCUAGCUCUUAGUCGAACACUUCUCGAAUAAGUUUGACUUUUACACUUUUUCUUCUUUUUUGAGCCGCUUUAAACAUGGGUUUGACCAUUUCAAGCGUCUUUUCUCGCUUGUUUGGGAAAAAGCAGAUGAGAAUUCUCAUGGUUGGUCUGGAUGCCGCAGGGAAAACCACAAUCCUCUACAAACUCAAACUGGGAGAAAUAGUCACAACUAUUCCAACCAUAGGCUUUAACGUCGAGACGGUGGAAUACAAGAACAUUUGCUUCACUGUGUGGGAUGUGGGUGGCCAGGAUAAGAUCAGGCCUCUUUGGAGACACUACUUCCAGAAUACCCAGGGCCUGAUCUUUGUCGUGGACAGUAACGAUCGUGAACGAGCACAGGAAGCAGCAGAAGAGCUUCAGAAGAUGCUGCAGGAGGAUGAACUGAGAGACGCCGUUCUACUUGUUUUUGCAAAUAAACAAGAUCUACCAAACGCCAUGGCCAUCAGUGAGCUGACGGACAAACUCGGCCUGCAAACACUCAGGAGCAGAACUUGGUAUGUCCAGGCGACCUGUGCGACUCAAGGGACGGGUUUAUACGAGGGAUUAGACUGGCUUUCUGAGCAGCUCUCCAAACGCUAAACUGCACUUCCUGUCCAAGCAGGAUGUGUGCUGUUCCAAAGAACAUGAUUAGCAGAGUUGAUGCAGCACAGAAGCUGUCCAUGUAUCAUUUUCAGUUGAUCGCUACCAAAAAUCAACAUCAGCAGCAGUGCAUUUUAACAUUUUGUUCCUUUUUUAGUUCAUUGCACCUUUGACCUGGACUGACAUUUCUCCCAGAUUCAUUCCACUUGAUGUGUGUAGCCUUAUAGUCUUCUGUAGAUCUGACCACAGUAUGAAAGAUAUUAGAAUUGUUAAGAAGCUCUUGCAGGACAUCUAGGUUCUUGUUACAGUAAGCAUAAACAUUCUGUUAAUAAUGAUAACUUGUGUGUAUUUAUAAAAAUGCUCUAUUUUUGCCCCUCAACUUGAUUUAUUCCAUUAUUUUCAUUAUAAACAGCUCAUUCCCAGGCGUUUGCAUGCCGUACAUCCAAGUAAAUGUUCUCCGAGAAGCAUGCAUUUAAUGAAUAAAAGAUUUUUCUUAUAGUUGCACACUUCGAGACUGGGAAUGCAUUGAUGUAAGCAAUAGUUUUAAUGCUUCUAACAUGCUUGAGUUGAGUUUAUAUUGAUAAUUAUUCAGAUGUUUGUGUUGUAAAUAAACAGCCUUUUCAUGUACGUAAUCAC